UUUUCAUUGCAUAUCUGCUGUAGGUUGCCCGUUUAACCUUCCAACAACAUACACAAUGGGUAAGGUUCACGGAUCCCUCGCUCGUGCAGGAAAGGUUAAAUCCCAAUGUCCUAAGGUCGAGAAGCAAGAGAAGCCCAAGCAACCCAAGGGACGUGCCUACAAGCGUCUUUUGUAUGUUCGCCGCUUCGUCAACGUUACCAACAUGGUCGGCGGCAAGAGAAGAAUGAACCCCUCUUCUUAGGAACCUUGAGAAUUGGAGAUAAAUACAUUUUUCUUUGUUGACUA